AUGGAGAACAGCCCGGAGGAGACGAGCGUGGCCACGAUCGCGUUGCUCGAAGCGCGGCUCCGCCGAGUCGAGCACGUCCUGUACGGCCCGCCCAAGAACGCCGACUUGUGGGCACGGCCGGCCGUUGAGUCGCUGGCCGAGUUGGAACGCCAGUUCGCCUCCCUCAUAUCGGGCGUCCGCGUGUAUGCAGAGCUACUGAAGAUCUACAGGGCAUAUCCGUCGUUCUUCCAGCCUCCGCAUCCCGGUUUGCCCCCGACACAGCUCGACUCGGAUGCCAUCCGAGCGACCGUCUUGAGUUAUGCGAGCGCAUUUCCUGCCACAGCGUCCGCCCUGAGCGCCGCCCUGAACGAUACGCCCGUCCCCGAGGCCGCCUUGAGUGCCCAGCUCGUGGGGCUCGUGCCGCGCAUGGAGACAAUCGACGCAUCGCAGCGGGCGCUUGAAGCCGAGAUCGCCCAGCUCCGAAGCCGCAGCGAGCGCCUUGUCCGGCAACACUACGAGCGGCGGGCCCUGGCCUCGUCCAAGCAGGUGGCCAACGUCGAGGCACGCUUCCAGCGCAUGGAGGGACGCGUACGUCGGCUGGAAAAGGAGCAGAGGGCAACGGCAGAGGAAUGA